CUGGUUCCUUCUACCCUGAAAGCUCCAUGUGCAGCCCCCCUCUGCAGGAUUACCCACCCUGACUGCACAGCCCACUAAUUACCCCCAGAGGGGUAACUCAGAAAUCAUAAUCAGCCCAUAAUUACAGCCCUCCCUGAAGAUAUGUAGCUUUCCUUUGCCCAUCUGCCCCUGACAGCUACUCUCCUUCACUCCUUCCUGGUGCCUUAUUGCCCCUGAGAAGACAGAGGCAUGUCAGGGUUCUGCAAGCACCCCCAUGCCAAAGCCAACAGUCUCAUCACUGAAGAUGACGCCAAAGUCGAAGUUCAGGAAGAAACCAACCCGUUCUCCUUUAAGGAGUUUGUGAAAAGCAAGGCGCGUCCGGCGGCCACCAUAACGCAAUGUGACGGGGGGUAUCCCAAGCGGAUUCCCGAGUCCUGCGGACGCUCGGGUUUGAAAUACGAGGAGACUUUCUUCAAAGAUCCCACCGUGAUUGAAAACCUAGUGGAUGAAGAAGAAGAUGAUGAUGAUGACGAGGAGGAGGAGGAGGAGGAGGACUGGAGCACGAGUUAUCACCCCUCGGUUAUUGAGCAUACCCAUAACCCCAAGCCUUACUCUUUGCCCUUCGCGGGGUAUGAUGAGUCUUAUAACUACAGCGACGUGUCUGCGGGAGAGCCGUUUAACGCCCAGCGCCUCCACGGCCGCGUCUCUCCUUCCUCGGAGGGAUGUCCGUCCCAAAUAGAACCCCUUCUGGACUCCACAAGCAAUUCCGUCGAUGAUCUUCGCUUCCAGACUCUGCAGAUAAACUACGAAGAGGUCCAAGAAGAAAAUUCCUGUCUGAAAAGACAAAUCCUCGAGCUUACAGAAAGAAACAAAAUUCAAACUGAGAAGGUCAAACAUCUGGAGUGGAGGCUGGAAAGAAAAAUCCUGGAGGAACAGAAGGAAGCUCAGGAUCUGGAGUCUAUGGUUCAGCAAGUGGAGAAAAACCUACAGACCAUGACGAAAAGAGCUGCCAAGGCGGAGGGUAACGUCACCAAGUUAAAGCAAGAAGUGGCCCUUCUUCAGGUCCAGCUGAACACGUACAAAGCGGAGAACGAAGCCCUGCGGCGGGGAGAGACGGCAGCUAUGAACACCGUGAAGCACAACGCCAGCCUGGCCUUGGAAAAUCUUCACAAAGUCGUCAGCGGUGCUCAGUCUUCCAUAAAGCAGCUGAUGUCAGGAGCCGAAUCCAUGAACCUCGUAGCCGAACUCCUCCGAUCUAUUGACCGAAUUGCCGAAGUCCAUGAGAACGACGUGCCGUGAAGCGCCUCGAAACAUCUCCAGCACCGUGUGAUCCUCG